UCGUCAGUGCCUUGCGUGCCUCUCCCUGGUUCCCAGUAUCGCUUUUACUCUGUUACCUCGCUAGUUACCCUAACGCUGUGUCACAGUGAAGGAUCUACCUUCGGAAGCGGUUCUGAAAGUACUCCAUCAAAGUACUCUAUGGGACUAUCAAAGCUGGUGUGGUUUUUAAAAAAGAAAGAAGUAACCCAUUCGUUUAUUGUGUCCGUUCUGCAAUUGUCAAGGACCUAGGACUGCAUGUCGCAAGCAAGAAGAGCGAUUCUGUGAACAUAUAGGCUACCUUUUUACGUUAAUUACACAUGAUAAUGAUACUGCUUAUCUGUUUAUUUUAAGGGACAGUAGCCUACACAAUUGGAGGCUAGGCUACCAAGUAAGGAAACGUUCGAACCUAUGCCUGUAUCAUUAGUGUGGGUCGGUUCCUCUUAUGAGCGGUAGUUCGUUUCCGUACAUAGCUUUGUUUUUUUUGUGCCUGCGUAUUUUGUGUCGCCAAUUUGCAAGUGGGAUGGCAAUUCACAAGGACUUCGUCUGUCUUGUUUAAAUCGACAGCAUGCUCGGUUCUCCGAAUACGGCUUGUCAUGCAGGAGAUUUGAAUACAGCAACUGUCACUGGCUUCUAUAUCUUUACUACAGUUGGUGAAGACAAGACAUCGCUUUUUAGGCGUUAUUAAUUCCCGCACUAUACGGCCUGUCCCCGUGAACCCAUCAACAUGACUUCAGUCUGGAAGAGACUCCAACGGGUCGGCAAAAAAGCCACGAAAUUUCAGUUUGUGGCUUCCUACCAAGAACUGAUAGUUGAAUGCACGAAGAAGUGGCAGCCAGACAAACUGAGAGUGGUAUGGACCAGGAGGAACAGACGGAUCUGCUCAAAGCUCCACGGAUGGCAGCCUGGGAUCAAGAACCCCUACCGGGGGAUGGUGGUGUGGCCGGUACCGGAAAACGUGGACAUCACUGUCACGCUAUUCAAGGAUCCCCAUGCCGAUGUGUUUGAAGACAAGGAGUGGACCUUCGUCAUCGAGAAUGAAACGAAGGGCCAUCGGAAGGUGCUGGCGUCGGUGGACGUGAACAUGAGGAAGUUUGCCAGCGCCACGCCCACGCAGACGGACCUGACGCUGAAGCUGAAACCGCUAUCGGUGAAGGUGGUGGAGGCCACGCUGAAGCUGUCCCUCUCCUGCGUGUUCCUCAGGGAGGGGAAGGCCACUGAUGAGGACAUGCAGAGCCUGGCCAGUCUGAUGAGUGUGAAGCCCACAGACAUUGGAAACCUGGAUGACUUCAAUGAGAGUGAUGAUGACGAAGACAAGAGGGCCAGCACUGGAGCCAACCUGGCUGCUGCAGGCCCUCUGGCGCCCAUGCGUCGAGUGCGUGAUGAGGAGUGCAAACCUUCGGUGGUGUCCUCUCACCCGAGGAAAGUUCCCUCAUCCGCUGUCAUUGUGAAAGCGAAGUAUGGCUCUGGUGCUCCGCCCUCCAAAGUGCCUAAAUCCUCCCUCCAGUCACACCCCUCCCAGCCAGCCCCCUCUGCACCCCCAGCACCCCCUACCCCCCCUGCACCCCAUCCUGCCAAAGUGCCUAAAACCUCCCUCCAGUCACACCCCUCCCAGGCAGGCCCCUCUGUACCCCCUACCCCCCCUGCACCCGAUCCUGCCAAAGUGCCUAAAACCUUCAUCCAGUCACACCCCCCAGUUCCCUCAUCCGCUGUCAUUGUGAAAGCGAAGUAUGGCUCUGGUGCUCCACCCUCCAAAGUGCCUAAAUCCUCCCUCCAGUCACACCCCUCUCAGGCAGGCCCCUCUGUACCCCCUCCCUCCAAAGUGCCUAAAUCUUCCCUCCAGUCACACCCGUCCCAGCCAGGCCCCUCUGCACCCCUGGCCCCCCCUGCCUUGUCCAUCCCAGAUGCUCUCCCCUCUGCCCCGCAGGAGGUUCGCCCACCCCCUUACGCUCCCACGCUGCCCUCCCAAUCCCGGGCACACCCGCCGGCACUGCCCAAAAUCUUCCAGCCCCCUGCUGGCUCAGUGCCCUUGUCUUUGGGGCGGAGACUCUCUGCUGGAGAUCAGAGUGGCCCCUGGCCAGGCUCGGACCCUCAAGCUGGCUCUGUGGCCCCUGCGUUCCCCCAGCCCUGGGCGGAUACUUCCUCUCUCUCCCGCUCCACCUCUGCUUUCCUCCCUGCCCCGCCCCCUAGCCCACAGACAGAAUCCCCUUCUGCCGCCGAUUCUGACUUCUGGAGUCCUCAGUCUGCCCCAACUGUCGGCCCUAUGCCCUCCUCUCCCACCUCUCUCACGGGUGCACCUGUCUCGCCCAAAUCUGCAUCGGCCACCCUCCCAAAAUCCUUUGCCCCUACCCCAUCGACGGGUGCCUUCUCUGCCCCUCAGACAGCCUCCGUCUCGGCACCCUGGAGGAGUGAGUGGCGGACACCCCGAGUCCAGACCCCCCUCUCCUCCGGUCUCCCUUCCUCCUAUUUCACCUCCUCUCCGGCCGAGCCUGUGGUCCCCGUCCCCCUGCAGACCAGACCAGACCUGGAGGCCCUGUGCGAUCCAGUCUCCUCUCCUUACCCUCCCCUUUUCCUGUCCCCUCUGUCUCCUCCCCUGACUAUUUCCCCUCCUCUUAUUUUAACUCCUCCUCCUGCUCCCUCUCCGUUCUCUGACCCACCCCUUCCUGAUUCGGCUCUGACUGUUGCCUCCAUGUCAGAAUCUGAGAGUUUCUCUGAGUCUAAGCCCCAGGGUGUGGCUCCUGAGAUUUCCACGCCCUCUACUGUCAUCUCCUCUCGCUCUGAGUCAUCGGCCUACACUCUCCCUCUGCCCGCACCCCCCCCAGCAGCCCCCUCUCAACCCCCCGCCCCGUUGGCCAGCCAAGCGCACCUAGAGCUUCAUAGAGACUCAAAUCUUCGGACAGAAGUGGAAUCCCCAGGUUCUGCAGCUCAGAGGGUGCAGUCUGCGACCACGCCCAGAACCCUGACCUUCGGCCGGCAAGAUGAGGCCCAGCGGACGCACCGCUCGGCGGGCGGCAUCAGCAUCGCCAACCAGCUCCCGCCGCCCACCACAGAGAGGCCGCUAUUGGUCAAGCCCAUCCCCACGUUCGCCCCAGGAGCCAAUCAGAGGACAGCAGGGGCAGGACAGGGAUUGGAGCCUCUGAAGACCGCCAUCAGCCCUGAGAGUACAGCUGCCCAGCCAACAUUCCCAAGGGCAGCCACUGUCCUUGAUUCUCCACCCACAGAGCCAGCUGAGUCAGAGGAGUUAGAGGUGGAGGAGAAGCUGAUGGAGGCUGUGCCCCCUCCCUGGCCGUUCUCCUCUCCUGAGCUCCCUGAGGCUAUGCGUACCCCAACAAAAGAGUCUCGAGCCAGGACCACCCAGCCAAUUAUUGCUGAAAAGCUACCAAAGACUGAGGCAAGGUAUGACCUUGAGGAAGCAUCCAGUCAGCCGAAGCAGAAGAUUGGCCCAGCACCUGAGCUUCACCUACCUCCCCCACCCCCUUAUGAGACACCAUUGGUCACUGCUCCCUUAGCUGUGCCAGAACCUGACUUCGAUGACAUGGUCACUGAGAAUGUUCCGGAGAAACCCAAAGAGAAUGUUCAUGAGUUCGCCCUUGAGAUUAUUGAGGAGAAAGACAAUGAGGACAUUAGCGAAACAGCCAAUGACAGUGUUCCGCAGACAGCCAAUGAGAAUUUCCCAGAGACAGUGGAUGAAACUGUUCAUGAGAUAGCCAAAGGGAAUAUUCAGGAGAAACCCAGUGAGAAAGCUCUUGAGGCAACCAAUGAGAAUGUUCAGGAGACACCUAAUGAGAAUUUUCAGGGGAAAGUCAAUGAGAAUGUUCCAGAGACAGCCAAUGAGAAUUUUCAGGAGGUAGUCAUUGAGAAUGUUCAGGAGAAAUUCAGAGAGAAUGUUCCUGAGACAGCCAAUGAGAAUGUUCAGGAGAAAUUCAGAGAGAAUGUUCCUGAGACAGCCAAUGAGAAUGUUCAGGAGGUAGCCAUUAAGAAUGUUCUGGAGAAAGUCAACAGGAGUGUUCAGAAGAUAGUCAAGGAGAGGGACGAGGUAUUCCUUCCCGUUUCUGAGUUGCAAAUCAAGCCCCAGAUCUCAAAGGAAAGUCAGUGUUUGGAAAAAGAAGAUGUUGAGAGGCAGCAGGAGCCAAGUUUUACUGUUUUGAAGGAAGUGGCUGCAAGUGCAGCCUUGGGACACCAGGAUGAGCGUCCUCAACGCACCUCCCCGGAGCCCCAACUCUUGGUGGCAGGGGCCAGGGCAGACAAUGUGGGGGCAUCCCUACCACCUCCUCCCCCACAGCCCUGCCUUUCUCAGCCAGGGGCCCCACCCAGCCCAGAAUGGGAGUCCCCGACCCUCCCUGAGUGGCCCUCGCUGUAUAUAGCUGAGAUUCCGGAGGAGGACGAGGAGGAGUGGAAGGCACAGGAGGCGCAGCUCCAGAAGGAGGUGUUAGCCCUGCCAGCGAGCCCAUUAUGGGAGAUGGAGAUGGAGCAGGGGGUGGAACAGGGUUUGAUACAGGAGGUUGCUCCUGUAAAGAGUUGGUGGGAGCUUGGUUCAAUUCCAGAGGAGCCGGCUGAGUGGGGUAUGGAGCAGGGCCUAGAAAUAUUGGCCCCCAAGUUUCAGCCAUCUGGAGCAGAAAUAGACAAAGAUGGGAUAGAAAAUGACGAAAAACUAAAGUCCCCCAGAGAAGAACCGGACAGGUCAGUGCUGGAGGAAACAGGAAGUGACAUCACUGCUGACAGAGAGACGCCAGAUAUCUUAAUGCCAUCUGAACCCCCUCACACCAGCCUUACAGUGAAGCCGGAAAUACUGACACUGCGGAAAAGUGACGCAGAGAAGGGCUUAAGUAAUGAAUUGCAGGAUGGAUUCAAAAUGCAAUCUGAGGAAGAGAUCCCUAUUAUAGUGGGGAAAACUGUGGAGGAUGAGGGUGUGGUGGGCAAGAUUCUGGGCAUAGGACAGUCAGAGGAGGAUACCUUGGAUGGGGGUGUCUAUGACAGCUCACCCUCAACGAAACCCAUGGCAGAAGAAGCCCAGAGAGUGGAGAUUCCAGAGGAGGCAUCUCCAUCACCUCCUGCUGCACAGAAUGAGACCCAUGAAGAGGAAGUGCCUUCCCAGAGGACCCUGGCAGGGACCCUGGACCCUGUUCCUCUCCCCGAACCCUCCACAGCUCCCCCUGAACUCCCCUGCACCCCUGAAAUGGAGCCUCUCUCCCAGGAGCAGCUUUCUUGCAAGGGGAAGAGGCCCCCGUGGGCAGAGGCAGACUUUCAGUCGGAAGUUGGGGAGGUCCAGCAGGAAGGGCAAGGUUUGGAGUCUCCCCCCUCCACUGCAGGCCUGCCUCGGGACGAGCAUGAGGAAUCAGUGUCCCUGGAAGACAGAGAAGUUGUCAAAGUGAAAGAGCCUGUCCAGCCAAGUAGUGAGCCGAUGGAUGAGCAGGAGACUGUCGUCACAGCGCCGGAGGAGGAGACGAUGGGCUUUAUGUCGAUGAUAACAGGAGUCCUGAACAUAGGUUUUGAGAUAGUGACCACCCUGUUGCAGCCAUAUGAACCGGAAGUGGUUUCAAGUGGUGUGGAAAAACCCAAAAAGAUGGACUCAGGGGCUCCAGGGCCCAGUGAAGUGUGCAUCUCCCCCCAGCGGGAGCCCCAGUGCAGUUCCCCUGAGGGACCACCAGUCCAGAACCAGGAACCUCAAAAACCAGAAGACAACACCUUGGUAGGAAAGGCACCUCAAUACCAAGAAGACAAUAACAAUGAAGUGUCGCCCACUGCGACUGAAGAGGUUCAUGCAAUGAGCUUGGUGGAAUGCUUGCGAUUGGCUGCUAUGGAAGAGUCCAUCCAUGGAAAAACAAGUGCGUCAGAACAGAGCGAACAGAGGCAGAACACGCCAUCUCAGACUUCGUCUGUAACGCCCACUAGGACCAUGUCCCAGAUACCUCAGAAGAAAGAGCAGCUUCCCUCUGUGUUGCCAGACAUAAAAAAGGGACCCGAAAAUGCCAAAGAACAGAGCGCUGUUAAAACAUUGAUGGAAAAGGAUGUCAAGAAAGUAUCCCAGGAAGAGUGUGGAGAGACAAGCAAAACAGUGCUCCUAGUGGCUAAAGAGACCCAGAGGGAGAAGACGAUGAAAGACAAGGCAGAAGAGAAGAAGGGUUUAGGACUGGACAACAUGCAGGAAGAAGAUAUAGAGUUUGAGGACGGGGAGGAGGAUAUAGGCACAGUGUGGUUAUCAGCACUGUACAUGGAUGGAGGCCUGGAGGCGCAAUCUGCAACGCUGCUCACCAAAGAUGCAGCCAAAGACUUGGGGGGAUCACUGAGGUCCCCAUCUGGAGGGCACCAGGUGGAACAGAAGCUGGGCAGUACGGGACCUCCUCCGGAUGUUCUACAGGAUGUAGGCAGUGUCCGAGUGCUCCCUGUGCCAGAAAACAAGAACAUAGCCCCACCACGUCGUGGGAAAACAUUUCAGCUCCUCUCCCUGGUACCCCUGCAGGAAGAAGGGCCUGAGGAUGUCAGUCAGGCCUCCUCAGCCACCCCUGCCACCAGUGAAAUGGUUCUUCCACAUCACAGCAAGAGGAAGACCCUUUCAGCAGAGGAAGUGGCCCCAGAGAAGGCACUCCCCACCAGCAGACAGUGUGCACCGACUCCACCCCAGCGUGGCAGAAAGACCCAUCUCCGCUCAGAGAAGGGGGGUGGGGAGAAGGUGGGUGGAGACGAGCAGGAGCUUCCUGUCUUGGCUGUGACCUCAGAGAAAGGGUACCCGGCCACCCCAGAGAACCCCAGGCAAGCUGAGGAAAACCAGGACCUGAAGGAGGCCAUUUCAGAGGAAGAUGUCUCAAUAAGCUCGGUAGUCCCCUGGCCUCUCCCUGCUUCCCCAGAGCUCAUACGCAGAGAGCACAAGCCCCUUGUGGGGGAGGAGGAAAGCCUGUCACUGCCUAAAAGUCUGCAGGUGGAGGAGAAGAACACCACAGAUUCAACUGGUCCCACUCCCCACCUGGAAACACAGCUGGUCUCUUCCAUCCCUGACCAAACCCAGGCACUUGACUCUGGACUGCCUUUACCAUCAGACAAUCCUGAUGCUGAGCUAUCUUCCUUUGGGGACAAGGGGGGGCUAUCUGCCAAUCAGGAGGAAUUCCCCACUCCUGUAGCCAGAGAACUACUACUGCCUAGACAGCACACUAAGGAAAGCUUCCCUCAUUCGCUGACUCCUCAAGAAAAAGGCACAAGCCUAACCAAUCAGGGUGCGGCUCUUGUCCCAGAUGCAAGUGAACUUCUGGCCUCAUUGCCCCAGGCCAGGGAUGAAGGAGCCUGUGAGAGUGGACUGGAGGAAGCCAGUGAAACAGUGAUAUCUCCCUCAAUCAGUGUGAAUUCAGGAGCUGGUGUGGACGACCUGAAAGAGACAAACAAUCAGGUCCCUCUGAGCUCCAUUCCUCCAGCUCCAGACCAGAGCCAGGGAGUGGUCACCCAAGAGCCCAAUCAGGAAGCAAAACCAGGCUUGGCAGCAGAGAGUUUGGCAUCAUUAAACCCUGCUCUGGGUGAAGGGGUCCUUUCAGAGGAGUGGGAGGGCCCCAAAGAAGAGCAGCCGAUGACUGGUCUAGCAAAUCAGGAGUGGCUUCAGGAAACCAGCAAUCAACUGCUACCUAGCCCUUUUUCUCCAGCCCAGGAUGAGAGCAUGAGCCUUAGGAUCAUAGGGGAGGAAGCCAAUCAUAAAGAUACAGAGCCUGGGAUUGAGUUAAGCACUACAAUAAUUGACAAGGAGGUGUGUUUUUCAGUAGGGAAAGCAGAGAUGUCUGUAUAUCAAGCACAACCACUAGAUAAAGGCCCUGAGAUGCAGGAGAAAGAGGAACCCUCGGAGCCCUCAAGUUUACCUGUCGCAGAGCAUCAGGUGAAAGAACACCCCACCCCCACCCCCGCCCCCACCCCUACUGAAACAGCAGACCCCGUUAGUGCCUUGGAGGAACAGGUGCCCACCCGACGCUCCAAAAAGAAGAUCUUCCCUCCUCCAGAGCUCUUAGAGAAAUAUGACCUGCGCCCUGACCAUGUGGCUACUGAGACGGAGGCCAAGAAGGCUGAGACUGAGCCAGCACUAGAGAUCUCCAGUUCACUGCCCACUGGGGAUGUGGCCCCAGCCAGUGACGAUCAGGCCCCUCCCACCGCAGAUCUUGUCACCUCCACCCAGUCCCUCCUGGAGUGGAGCCAGGAGGUCACUCGGGGCUACAAGGGGGUCAAGGUCACCAACUUCAGCACCUCCUGGCGGAACGGGCUAGCGUUCUGCGCCAUCCUCCACCAUUUCUGCCCGGAAAAAAUAAACUACAAUACCCUGGACCCCUAUGACAUCAAGUUCAACAAUAAGAAGGCGUUUGAUGGCUUUGCGGCGUUGGGCAUUUCACGGCUGAUCGAGCCGUCGGACAUGGUUCUGCUCCCUGUCCCAGACCGGCUCAUCGUGAUGACCUACCUGUGCCAGAUCCAAACCCACUUCAUGGGCCAGGAGCUGAGCGUGCUGCAGAUCGAGCAGAACAGCAGCCAGUCCAGCUACGCCGUGGGGGAGCCCAGGGAGGGCACGGACCACGACGCCGCGGCCCGCUACUGCGCCCAGAGGCUGCAGGCCAGCGCCAUCGCCAUGGAGACCAACGGGAAGGAGGCGGAGCCCGAGAGAGACGGCGCUAGGCCCAACGGGGAGCUGGUGCCCCCGCCCCGUACCAAGCGGCUCCAGAAGGCGGAGGAGGAGAGCGGGGGCCAGCCGGGAGCGGGCGGGGCUCAGACCCCCGUCCCCCCGCCGCGCCUCCACACCUCCUCGUCCAAGUCCGGCUUCGGCCACUUGAGGGACGCAGACCUGGUGAAGAGGCGCCGCUCGCGCCUAAAGAGCGAGUCCAUGGACGAGACGGACCCGCCCGAGCAACACAGCGCCCCCCAGAGCACCGCAAAGGCCCCAGAAGGGCAGGUGGACAUUGAGGUGAAGAACGGCUCCACAGAACACACUGAAUCAGAUACGAGGAGCUCUGUCACAACCCAGGAGUCUUCGGCCCUCUGCGAGGAGACCAGACCAGAGGACAGCCUGCGUCUGCAGGACACCAGCCAGUACGUUCUGAGUGAGAUCAAAGCCCUGGAGAACGAACAGAAGCACAUCGACACCCGGGCGGCCAUUGUGGAGAGGAAGCUCCGAUACCUGAUGGAGACAGGCAGUGACCGGGACGAGGAGGAGAGGCUGAUCCAGGAGUGGUUCAUUCUGGUCAACAAGAAGAACGCCUUGAUCAGGCGGCAGGAUCACCUGGAGCUACUGCAAGAGGAGCAGGACCUGGAGAGGAGAUUUGAGCUGUUGACCAGGGAGCUGAGAGCCAUGAUGGCCACCGAGGAGUGGCAGAAGACCCAAGCCCAGCAGCACAGGGAACAGCUGCUGCUUCAGGAACUGGUGUCGCUGGUCAACCAGAGGGACGAACUGGUCCGGGACAUGGAUGCCAAAGAGAGAGGGGCUGUGGAGGAGGACGAGAGGCUGGAAAGGGGGUUGGAGAUGAGGCGCAGGAAGUACAGCCAAAAGGAGAAAUGUGUGCUACAGUGAGGCCCCCCCUCACCCCAAAAAACUUGGCAGAAACACCUCCUCCCAUAAGCCUCCUCUCCUGUAAUACAACCCUCCUCCCUUUAGAAACCCAUGAUUGGCCCCUCCAUCCGGGUGGUCACAGCACCCGAGGCUUGUUUGUGUAUCUAAGUUGUCCUGGACUUCAUUGGUUGGACUGGGUCAGAGACAGCCAGCUGUGGGUCAGAGACAGCCGACAUGGGUCACCAGGACCUGUGAACCGAACUGAGCCUGGUUCACCCUCUCGUUGCUAGGCAACUUUUCACUGGUCCCCGCGGACCUGAUAGUGUUCUGUGUGUAUUUUGGAGUUUAAUGUCUUUUGUGGGGAUGCAGGUUUGUUUUAUGUUACAGAAGCUUUGUAUUGGAGGACUGAAUGGGAACACUAUGUCACAUAGUGUUGCUGUUUUCCCAGGAACUACAUUUUCCCUGUAUCCAUAUAUCCCUACAGAACGUGGCUCUCUCUUCUGACUGAUAUCAAACAUAUGUUUCUGGUCUGGGCUCGACCCCUGGGUCCCAGUGUCUCUGACUGACGAUCUGUCUGUUCACAAGCCAGAAGACUGUGAAGACUUCAUCUGCUCCGGUGGGGCCUGAAUUUUGGACUGGGGCUACUAGAGGAGCUUGAUGAAAGCAGUUGUCUGGGUUGCCGUUGGACAAUACCGGGCACUUUUUCUGCACUAAUAAAAAAGGGACAGGAUGAAGGAGAAGGGACACUGGACUAUGUCUGAACAUUUCCUUUUGCUUAACAUUUUGUUUUAUUUGUGGAAUGGACAUCUGUUUGGAUGUCUAUUUGGAAGUGGUUUUCAUUUCAGAAAUCCCCAAAAUCUUUUCUCCAUAACCCUGAGAAAUGCAAUAGCAUGUGUGCUUUAUUGUACGCAGCAAAUUACUUUUAUUUAAUUUUCCAUUUAAUGCUCACUUUUCUGCUAAUCUCAUCUGCUGAAUAUUUUUUAAGUGGGGAUGAGGGGUGGGGGUGAAAACGGAAAUUCCCCCCGUCACUACAUCACUGAGACUUGCCAGAUGGGGGGGGCAGCCAGCACUGAACUGUCUGACUGUGAAUAUGAAUGUUAAUAUGAUUGAAUAUGAGUGUGAGUAUGAAUGUAAAUAUGAAUGUGAGCAUGAACAGACCGUAGAAGAUGGAGGCACAUUCACACUGUACUCGUGAGGAGAGGUGGAGGCCAGGGCGGAGCCUCAGUGUUGCCACAGAAGUGCUGCAGGUGUUUUCAGUGAAAAACGCCCUGCUGAAGACAUGAAAGUUUAAUGACUGGACCUCACAGGGCACCGAGAAUCUGUGUGUGUGUGAAGCUGAGGCUGAGUGACGAUCAUACAGACUGAGCAACUGUCUUUAAGCAUUAAGUACAGAAUGACUUCCUGAAGAUGAGUCACAUGACAUAGGACGCUUCCCUAAAGAGACACAAAUCUGCACCUCAAGGAUCUGAUAAGGGAGGGUGCAGGGCUGAGUAUAGAGAGCAUGGCAUUUAGCCAUUUUUCACUGAAAUAAAGAAUUAAUAUGAAAGGUUUUAUGAAGAGUGGGGAUGGUGGGUGGGGGGGGUUGAAAUGUUUGAAGUAUGUGUUUUCUUUAUGUGUAUUUCCAUCUCUCGCAUGGAGCUAGUCAUGGAACUUGUGUUGUAUUCUGUGGUACGUAUUUACUGUUUCCUAUGGGAGGGAAGCCUGCAAAUAUGUAUGUCAUUCAUUUCAGUUAGUAUUAUUAUAUAUUUUUUGUUUUGGAAAAAGAAAUCACCAAAUGCACCCUAAAAUUCUCUGUUUGCACUAUUUGUAAUAUUUGUGCAUGGAGAAUAAAGCCGUUUUGGAUGCUUGUAGAA